AUGGAGAAGAGCGUAAAGAGCACACUUGGCACGAACUGCAGCGUGGUGGAUAUGGGGACGGAAUCCUGCGUGCUGGCAAACCCAGAGGAGAAGAAAGGCCACCUCAUUCCCAACGGGAACCCCCAGGCCGGGCCCGGCUCUCUGAUCGUCGCAAACGGUGACAAGAAGCCUGUUCAGGGGAGAGAGACAUGGUCCCGGCAGAUGGACUUCAUCAUGUCCUGCGUGGGCUUCGCUGUAGGUCUGGGGAACGUGUGGCGCUUCCCUUACCUUUGCUACAAAAAUGGUGGAGGAGUCUUUCUCAUUCCCUACAUUUUGUUUAUAUUCCUUGGUGGAAUUCCUAUCUUCUUUCUGGAAAUUGCUCUGGGACAGUUCAUGAAGGCUGGAAGCAUCGCUGUGUGGAACAUCGCUCCACUCUUUAAAGGACUCGGCUAUGCUUCCAUGGUAAUAGUGUUCUUCUGCAACACCUACUACAUCAUGGUCCUGGCAUGGGGUUUCUAUUACUUAAUCAAAUCCUUCACCUCCACACUGCCAUGGUCCACCUGCACAAACUACUGGAACACUGAGAACUGCAUCGAGUCCUUCCUCCAGGACGGCUGUAAGAACGGCACCAACGGCAACUUCACCUCCAUGAACAAGACCUGCGAUGAGUUAAUAAACGGCACCUCUCCUAUCAUCGAGUUCUGGGAGAAUAAGGUGCUGCAUAUCUCCGAUGGCUUGAGCACUCCGGGUCAGAUCAACUGGGAGGUGACGCUGUGUCUGAUGGCUGUCUGGUUGAUGGUAUAUUUCUGCGUCUGGAAGGGAGUAAAGUUUACAGGAAAGAUUGUCUAUUUUACUGCCAUGUUCCCUUAUGUUGUCCUGAUCGUUCUCCUGGUAAGAGGUGUGACCCUACCUGGGGCCUACAGCGGUAUCAUAUACUAUCUACAACCGGACUGGUCAAAGCUUCAACAGGCACAAGUCUGGAUUGAUGCCGGCACUCAAGUAUUUUUUUCUUAUGCCAUCGGACUUGGAGCCCUGACUGCUCUUGGCAGUUAUAACCGAUUCAACAACAACUGUUACAGGGAUACGUUUCUGUUGUCACUGGUAAAUAGCGGCACCAGUUUCUUUGCUGGCUUUGUGGUUUUCUCCAUUCUGGGCUUCAUGGCUGCUGAGCAGGGUGUGGACAUCUCAAAAGUGGCAGAGUCAGGGCCAGGCCUGGCGUUCAUCGCCUACCCUAAAGCCGUGUCCAUGAUGCCUGUGGCACCAGUCUGGGCCGCGCUCUUCUUCAUCAUGCUGCUGUUGCUGGGGCUGGACAGUCAGUUUGUUGGUGUAGAAGGCUUUGUAACUGGCAUCCUGGAUCUGCUCCCUUCGAAGUUUUACAAGCGAGAACUCACUGUGGCGAUCUCCUGCAUGUUGUGCUUUGUUAUCGAUCUCUCCAUGGUUACAGAGGGAGGGAUGUAUGUCUUCCAGCUUUUUGACUAUUAUUCAGCCAGUGGAAUGACCCUGUUGUGGCAGGCAUUCUGGGAAUGUGUGGUUGUCGCCUGGGUUUACGGUGCUAAUAAGUUUAUGGAUGACAUUGCCCGUAUGAUCGGUUACCGGCCUUUCCCUUGGGUGAAGUGGUGCUGGUCGUUUCUUACUCCAUCUGUUUGCAUGGGAAUAUUUGUGUUCCAACUGGUGAACUACAAGCCUCUAACCUACAACAAUGUGUACGUGUACCCGUGGUGGGGGGAGUUGAUCGGAUGGUUCAUGGCUCUCUCCUCCAUGCUCUGCAUCCCCAUCAGCGUCAUCUACAAACUUAUUACAGCCAAAGGAUCUUUUAAAAAGCGCUGGGAGACUCUGACCAAACCGGUGUGGGGAGCGCAUCAUCUGGAGUACAUGGCACCUGAAGAGGACGGCAGAAGCAUGUCCUCAAUGUCCCCGGUCACUGAAGACAACAAGGUCAUUAUCUUCGAGAGCGGCAUGUAA